AUGAUAGUAUUUCUCAUCAUAUAUCUAGUGUUAAAUUUACUUCAAAUUAGUAUUUCACAACUAACUAUUGAUGAAUUAUUUUCUUCUAAUUUCAAAUUUGAAGAAUAUCCUUUAAAUUUGGCUGAUUGCAGUUCAGAUAAAGUUGGAUUAAUCAAAAAUUUUACAAAUAAAAAUUAUUUAAAAAUUAAUGCGACAAUUUAUAAUCAGUUGUAUAUAGAUUGUGAUAAUGAUCAACUAUUGAACAUUAAUUUACGUAAUCCAAAUGUGAUAUGGAAUGAAAACUGUGAAAAUAAACAUCAUAAUGACUUUACAUUUCGAUAUCGUUUUCUUCUACAAGACAAAAAAAUUCAAGUGCAAAUUAAAGAAUUUAAUAUGGAAGGAGUCGAAUUGUGUUCAAUUGAUGAAUAUAUGAAAAAUGUCUAUGAAGAAUAUCAAUAUUAUAGAUCAAAUUGGGCAGUUCUUAUAAGUAUUAUGCCAUAUUUUCGUCUAGCAUUUAUUAGUAAUAAUGAAAUGAGUUUUUUAUUAGUAUUUAAUGAACAACAUGCAAAAAAUGAGAUGGAUAUUCUUUUUCCAAUGGAACAACUAUUUAAGUUGAAUAACAAAACAGAACAAAAAAUAAAUGUCUAUCGAAUUGAUCAGGGUUAUGUUAGAAUUCCAAAACAAGAUGAAAUAAAUGUUCAAUAUGAAUUAUCAAAACAUAAUUUUAUAGUAAAUAUAAAUGAAACAUUUCUCUUUUAUGGUACACAAAAUGCCGUACUAAAAGAAGGAAGUUUUAGAUUGACAAUAAAUGAUCAACUAGUCAGUUGUCGAUAUAAUUAUUUAUUAUUCUGUACAUUUCCAAUACUUGUCAAUGAUACUGUUAAUGAUACGGUUAAUGUUCUUUUACUACAUGAUAGUUCCUACGUUUAUAAUCAAACGGUUGGAUUAAUAUCAAGAAAAGUAUUAAAUAAUUACACACAAUCGAUCUAUAAUUUAACAGAUAUACAACGCUACCAAUUUAUAAUCAAUAACAAAUAUUGCAGGUAA